AUGCCUCCUGCCUCCAACCUCUCCCUGGGCCCUGCGCAAGAGCUGCUGUGUCUGCCCUGGUUCCCGCCCUUUUCUCGACUGGCGGGGGGGAUGGGCUUCUAUGGGCCAUCAGAGGAAUUAACUGAGUGGAGACGCCUGGGCUCCGACUCUCUCCAUCAACCCGGGUUUGCUUGUGUGUGUCUUUCUCUAGCAGACUGGCAGAUAGCUACUCUGGCUUUGCUGUUGGGUGGUGCUGCCAUUAUUCUCAUAGCUUUCCUGGUUGGGUUGAUCUCGAUCUGCGUGGGAUCUCGGAGGCGGUUCUACAGACCAGUUGCAGUCAUGCUCUUUGCUGCAGUUGUUCUCCAGGUCUGCAGCUUAGUCCUUUACCCGAUCAAGUUCAUCGAAACGGUCAGCUUGAAAAUAUACCAUGAGUUCAACUGGGGCUAUGGCCUGGCAUGGGGUGCAACUAUAUUUUCAUUUGGGGGUGCCAUUCUUUAUUGCCUGAACCCUAAGAACUAUGAAGACUAUUACUAGAAUCAUUUAAUGAGAAGAAAAAUAAUAAAAAAAAAGGAUUACCCCAUCUUUUCUAGCUCACAGUUUUUUUAGAACACUCGUGGAGCACCAAACAGUCUGCUCUGUUGAUAAAAUAGCCUUUGCCUUUUGGGUGUGAACACUGUAACCAGCUUUUACAACCAUUUAAAAGAACUGCAAACACUAGGAUUACUGAUCUUACGCAGGCAGAUGCUGCGAGCUGCUGAUACGUAAGCUUCAUUUUUCCUGACAACAAGCAAAAGGAUCUACGUGACACAGCGUUCAUUGUGAGAAAACUAGUUGGAAUGAGAAUGCAAUGCCAGCAUCUGCCAUUGCCUUCAGGGGAGCAGCUGGUAUAGGCUCCAUUUAGAAGUUUCCCUGUAUCAUAGAGGAUUCAGAGGUCUGAUAAGCAGGCAGUGGCAUCUUGUACAAUAGGCUGUGUUGGUCCCUUGUUACUUGCUCGAAAACACUCUUAAGAAAUUAGUUUGCAAGUGACUGUGUUGAGGGAAGUGAAUGUAACUGGUUAAUGACUUGUCUAAUAUCUGCAUUCAACAGUCUUCUGGGAGAAUAAUAAAAAAAAAAAAGGAAAACCCAAACAAGCCACCAACCCGCACAGGAUUUCAUGAAUUCGACAUCACCGUGCCAGCUGUAGCAGAUUGUUGAAGGAAGUCCAAACCAGACUUCUGACUGUGUAGUUGGAAGUUGUCUCAGCUCUUGAGUAUUUUGCUGGAGGGGUGGAGGUAAGGGGGAGUAGGAAAAGACCUGGUCUGUCCCUCAGGCAUCUGAAAGGUAUGAAUGAAUUGCAGUUGUCCUAAGCAACCAUUUAACUUCCAAACAUUGUCAUGAAAAGAAUGCAUAUGGAACAAGUUCAGUUAUAUUUUUGAAAGGUAUUUGUUAGUAUAAAUGAAUAUAUAUAAUGCAGAUAUUUAUGCAGAGGGAGAGAGACAAUUUGUCUUAAAAUUAUAAUAUGAGCUGUGAUGCAGUGGUUAAAAUACUAACAUUGUACACAUUCUGGAAAGUCUUGGAUUGAUACCCCCAAUUUUGGUUGGUGUUACAAAAUAAACAUAAAAUGGUUUGUCUUCUGUAUAUGCCCUUGUACAGACUCUGUGUUAUGGGAAAUGCUUAAAAGUUCACAUCAAGUUAAGGUAGAACCGGACAAAAAAAAACUUCUUGCUAUUCCAUGUGUAAUUUAAUACUUACUAAAAAUUCUUUUCUAAGCCUGUUGCCAAUACAAAAACUGCCAUUUUUUAAAAGUCUAGUUAGGUUCUGAAUGUCUCUGAUCAUCAAGAAUACAGCCGAGAAUCCAUCAUGUCCAUAUGAAAACAUUAGCACUUCAGGAGGUAAUCUCUUGUUUUUAAAAGCUGAAUUUAUAAUGGACUGUCUGAUGAUUAUGUACAUCCGAUUAUUCCUUGCUUAGUAUGUUUCCCACUUAAAACAUCCAGAGACUGUACUCAUGAAAUGAAAUAGAAGAUAAAGUUGGGAGAACUUUCACAUAUAUUUAAUCUGCAUCACUUUUAUUUUUGUUUACAAUUUGCUUAUUUGGAUAUUUUCAAUUAAUUAUGAGCAUAUUUUUAUACAAUUGUAAUCUUCAGAAAUAACUAUUUUUUUUAAUGGAGAAAAUUAAAAUAUAUUCUAUGUGGACCUCUGCACAAGCAGAUAUGCUGGGGCUGCACAUCCACCUCUGCACAAAUGGUUUUGCUGGUUCCAUGGAAAAGACUCCUGGAUUCCUGGAUGUUAAGAUCGCAUCGAUAGUGUUCAUGCUAUGCCACCAUUUACAGGGCACUGAGGUUCUGCAGUGACUGUGGGACCACAGGGCUGCCUUUAGGAGGUUGUUGUGUGAGUAUUGCUGACGUAUGAAGAAGGUUUAUAAAACUCUGGGGCUCUCUGGAGUUCGGUCUUUUACUACCGUGGCAGCAUAUUCCAUAUCGGCAGUCUUUGCAGGACCAGUGGUGAUUAAUUAGAUUAGAUGGAGCAAAAUGAUAGCUUGACAUGGAAGGGAUUGUGUGGCAAUGCCUGGAGAACAAAAAGGAGAAGAAAAAUUAUGUCCAGUUGUUUCACAGGCACCAGAGAGCGUUUGUAACUCUGCUUUUUUUCCUGAGACUGACUUAAGGCAGAUAUUCAGUAUAUAGUUAACUCUGUAUCUUGCUGAACAGCUGUGUAGUUCUGCUUUUAUUUAGCAGCAUGGAGAACAUUGUAGUUUGGCAUGGGAAUUAGGUUAGCGUAGAGAAGCCCACUGUGAGAAGACGUCUGUACCUUUCUAAGAGGAUGGUGUUUUGGUGCUGACAAUGAGUGGCACUUGGUCUGUGCUGACAAGAAGGUACAAUGCUGAACCCAUAUCUUAUCCACUAAUUUAUCAAAUUAUUUUUCUGUAUGUAGAGUUUGAGUGAAAGCAACUGUCAGGCCUAAGGCAAAUGCAAAUGAACGGCAUGUGCUCUGCAAGUCACCGGCUGUUAAUGUGAAAGGUGUUCAGGCAAAACAAUUUACAAACAUGAAUGCCUAAAGACAAAGUUCUUUAUUCUUAUUUGAGUCAGAAGUUUGAUUUUUCAGUUUCAACAUGUGCUUUUCCUCUUGAAGAUGGUGCAAUCUAUCAGGACACACCUCUCAGACUCCUCAAGCCCUUUGUGUUUGGGCAUCUAGUAAGUGGACAUAGGUACCUACCUUUAGCUUAGGUUCCUACUGCAGUGGCUUUAUUUCCCCUUUACCAUUGCAAAUUUCAGCAAGCAUUCUGUUUCUCAGCACUGAACUAAAAGCAAAUACAACUUUAUGCUGAUUUUUUUAUUUUAGCCACAAAAAUGAUGCAUAUCUGUGUCUUGAGUGUACGUAUGACAAAUUAAUAAUUUUGUAUGUUGUGCUUGUCAUGUCACCAUUAUUUCAGUUGUUGGACUUUAUCUCACUGGCAAAAUGAUUCUCUCCCACAACAAAUCCAUUUUUUUUCUUCCAAAUAUAUAUGAAUAAAUAUAUAUAUAGCAAAUUUGCAAGCAGGGCUAGUUAUUUGUAUUUUUUAAGCUUAAAGUAUACCGUCCGGUGCUGACAAAUACCUGGCACCUCUUCUGGAUUUCUUGCACAACUUCGUUUAGCUUUUGUAAAUUUUAAAAACAAAUAUAGAGAGACCUAUGUGUUUGAAAUAUAAAUGAUAUAUAUGGAUUAGCAUGUAACUGUAUAUUAUUAAACAUGCAAUGAACUGACUGGCAAGUGAAGUCUAAUCUUAUGGCUAGCAAUGUAAUUUAUUCAGACUGUAUUUUUGUACAGCGCAGUGCACACUAACCUAUUGCCUCUGUGUCCUCUAUAAUGCCUAAAACUGUGCCUAGAAAUGUCAUUUAUGUCUUUCAAGGAAAAAGAAAAUUACUAAAUGCUUCAUGUUGUUGAUAGUAUUGGUUUUUCUGAUGUUGUUCUUUAUUUAUUUUUGAGAAGUGUAUGGUAUGUUUAUUAAAUGAAUCCAUCACAAUACGGUUCGUUUUAAAUGGUCAUUGUUAGCAGGGAAAGAUGGAUGUUUUUCUAUCUGAACUUUUAAGUUUGCAGUUUUAUUACCAUUUCUGCAUUUCACGAUUUUUGUAGCUUACAUGAAGUUUUAUGUGAAAAAGUAACUGAAAUAAAAAAAAAAAAAAUUGUUACAC